AGUGCGCAGGCGCUUGGGUGGCGGAGGGGGAACCGGCCGCACAGACAGCGCGGUCUAGUUGGGGGAGCUGGUGACGGGUGGAUCCGGCAACUCCCUGAGAGGCAGACGCAAGCGGACGGGCGGGUGCUGCGAACCGGGCGGUACGCAGUCCCUGUCGGUCUGUGAAGAAGUCGGUGGCCCCAGCGGACGAGAGUCAGCUUUAAGAAAAAGUAGAAAUCACUUCUGACUGUACUAAAUAGCAAAAACUAAGUGCAAACCAUGGCUCUACCAUUCCGGAAGGACUUAGAAAAAUACAAGGACCUCGAUGAAGAUGAGCUGCUUGGGAAUCUAUCAGAAGUAGAACUGAAACAGCUGGAAACUGUUCUGGAUGAUCUUGACCCUGAGAAUGCCCUUCUGCCUGCGGGCUUCCGGCAGAAGAACCAGACGUCAAAGUCAGCCACGGGGCCGUUUGACCGAGAGCACCUCCUCUCGUACCUGGAGAAGGAGGCUUUGGAGCAUAAGGAUAGGGAAGACUACGUGCCCUUCACUGGGGAAAAGAAAGGGAAAAUAUUUAUUCCUAAACAGAAACCUGUACAGACUUUUACAGAAGAAAAAGUAUCUCUUGAUCCAGAAUUAGAAGAAGCUUUGACCAGUGCUUCUGACACAGAAUUGUGUGACCUUGCAGCUAUUCUUGGGAUGCACAAUUUGAUAACGAAUACACAGUUCUGUAAUAUAGUGGGAAGUAGCAAUGGUGUCGACCAAGAACAUUUUUCAAAUGUGGUAAAAGGUGAAAAGAUUCUUCCAGUAUUUGAUGAGCCACCAAAUCCAACCAACGUUGAAGAGAGUUUAAAGAGAAUUAAAGAAAAUGAUGUUCGUCUUGUUGAAGUUAAUUUGAAUAAUAUAAAAAAUAUCCCAAUUCCAACCCUAAAAGAUUUUGCGAAGGCUUUGGAAACCAACACACAUGUGAAACAUUUCAGUCUUGCAGCCACGAGGAGCAAUGACCCUGUUGCAGUUGCUUUUUCAGAUAUGCUGAGAGUAAACAAAAAUUUGAAGAGUUUAAACAUGGAGUCCAACUUUAUUACAGGAGUUGGGAUUCUGGCACUGAUUGACGCUUUAAGAGAGAAUGAAACCCUCACAGAGAUCAAGAUUGACAAUCAGAGGCAGCAGUUGGGGACAGCUGUAGAAUUACAAAUCGCCAAGAUGCUUGAAGAAAAUACAAAUAUCCUUAAAUUUGGAUAUCAGUUUACGCAGCAGGGACCGCGAACCAGGGCAGCUAAUGCUAUAACAAAAAACAAUGACUUAGUUCGCAAGAGACGAGUUGAAGGAGACAACCAGUAAGUCCGCCAAGGUACAACCUUUGGAAGACUUCGAAAGGUCACCAAGGCCUUGUGUUGGUGAUAUCAGUUGUAAAACUUUCCUGGGUAGAAGGGAAAAGACUGGAAAUCUUUCUUUUUCUAAACUACAUGUAUCUUUUUUCUAGUUUAUUACAAGUUUCAAAUUGUAAAAUCAAUAGUAGGGGAUAUUUUAUAUUUUAAAGUGUUUUUUCUACUUUCUGCUAAAAUCAAUUUUAAUUUAGCUUAAUUGAGUGGUUUAUGUUGGGUCUUGGGGUUAAGAAAUACAAUUAUAAGAAAAUGUAGGAAGUCAUGGCGAAUAACACGAACAUUUUAAGGACCAAUCUUUCUUAAAUCCUAAAGGGCCAUGGCUGAUACCAGAACUGCCGUUGCACCUCUUAGGUACAAAGCACUUCAAAGCUUUCCUUAUUCUAGGACAUGGAGACUUUUCCAUGUUUUAGAAGACAUGAGCUUGGGACGAGUAUGCUUUGUGCUUCUAUCAAGAAAGCCCAAUGCCAGAAUUUUAAAACAGAUUUACUCAAAAUCUCGUCAUCUGUUUUAGAAGUAAAAGCAGAUCUCUAGGAGAGAAAAUGGUCUCCUGUGCAUUUCAGGUUACUGCACUUCUCUGAUGUGUUUUAAAAGGAUAAUGACAUCUAAAUUCCUUACAGUUUUUUCAUUUUCAUAACGUGGGCAUUAUUAAAUUUUUGUGAAAGCCCAUAGUAAAAAGUAUCUGAAUAGGAAAGCUAUUUUCUUUCCUGUAAAAGGCAUACAGCCAACUCUUGGUUAUUUAGGGUAAAACAGAAAAAGAAAGUUGUUAAACACAUGAAUCAAAGAUAACAAACAUGAUGGAGGUUAAGUCUGAAAAGCACACAAAAUGGUCAUUUAAUUGAUGGUUACUGUAGAUUAGAAACUGGCAUGCAUACAAAUCAAGUGUUGCACAGUUUAGUGAGAAGUUUCUUUAUGCAAUGCAGAAUUCUAUAAAUGGUAUUUAAUCACCACUAACUGCAAAUUUUCAGACCAGUAAGGAAGACAGAUCUUCUUCAUAAACCUAAUGUUUACUCUGUUUUCUUUCCUCUUGUAUUUUUUUGUCCAUAUUGUGUAAAAGCAGUUUCUCAUAACAAAAGUUGUCUUCCUAUUAGUCAAAGUAUGAAAGUGAACAAUUGAAGUCUACUGUGCUGGGAAGACUGACUCCAGAACCACCAGUGCGAUGGAGGAUUUGGACCUGUAUCCAGGCAGCCCCUAGAGCAGGAGGUGGUAGAGGCAUCACUGCUACUGAAGGCAGGGAGGGGCAAAGGAAUCUGAGUAAUCCUGGCCUCAAAAAUGCAGGCCUGGCUGUAUCAUUCACAGGGAGAUUUUCCUAAAGGGAAGAACUCCUUUCAGAGUAGCGAAGAGGUCUGUUGUUAUUUUUUGACAUUGAAUUACAAAAUGUCUGCUCCUUUGGCUUGGGGUGGACAGUUUACCCAAUGAGCUAGGCAGCUUCUUGUGUACCAUGGUAAUAAGCCUUCUUAACAAGAUGUAUUUGUUUCUUUGAAUCAGUGUCCAGUGUUUUAAAGGGGCCAAAGAUUGACUUUGCACUAUUCCCUUUCAGUUAUAGGCUGCUGCUUUUUUUUCUUUUUUUAACAAGUUUCUCUCUUCUCUUUCUCUCUCUCUCUCUCUCUCUCUCUCUCUCUCUCUCUCUCUCUCUCUCCUCUCUUUCUUUCUCUCUCUCUCUUUCUCUCUCUCUCUCUCUCCUUUUCAUAUACAACUUUGGAAAUGUACUUGAUUUAAGAGACUGCACUGUUCCAGCAGGGUGGGGAGCCAGCAUGGAGCAGUAGAUCAGGCUACCAUUAUACUUUCAGCACGGCUGCCUUGCUUGCCCUGUCCUGUAAGUCAGUACAUCGAUAAGUAUGUUACCCCUUCCUUCCAUAAGUUGUUUUUUUUGUUUUGUUUUUUUUUUUAAACAUAGGUAGGUAGAAUUGUAUAUCAUACUUAUGGGUAAUAUCUUUUUCACUUAUUAUUUAUCAAAGUAUGAAGAAGUUGAGUGUUUUGCUUGUACCAUUCCAGUUCUGACUUACAACAGUUUAUUAUAUAAUUGAAGAAACGAUUUCUUCAUUAAUAACUUUAAAGAUGAACAUUCAAACUAUUGAAUGCAAAAAAAUCUUUCAAGAAUUGUAAUUACAAGGGAGAAAACUGAUGUUUACUUUGAUCUUUAAAAAUCUGGCACCUCUUAAAAAAGAAAUCUGGCACCUCUUAACCUUUUAGUAACUUUCAGAAUUUCUACAUUGCUCUAAAAUUUUGUAAUAGAUUACGGUUGAGUUUUAAAAUCAAGUAGCCUUGAUUUUUAAACCAAAGAUAUUCUAAGACCUUAAGUUUUGCAGUCUAACCAAUUUAAACUUAAUCUGGUUAUUUAAUCAAAGAAUAUUCUUACGUUUUAAAAUUGCUGUUUUUUACAAGUUUGUAACUUCACAUUUUAUAAAAUUUUAUAUUCAUAUUUGAAGUUCUAAUUUUUCCAGUAUGUCUACAUGAAAUUUAUGUAUUUUAAAAGUCAAUUACUAAUAUUUAUAUUAUUAAAAUGGAUUUUGGUGCUAUAUACUUGUAGCGAAAGCCUAGUAGAAGUCUAAAGUAUAGGUGAAAUGCAUUUUCUAAGGGUGCCUGUCAUUUAAAAGACCAAAUAAACAUUUUGUGCUUAAGAAAAAAUAGACUGAGAUUUCAAGAAUUAUCUUGAUCGUUAAAUUGCAGAUUCUUAUUUGAAUGAAAUAACCCGCACAUUUGCUUUAUGCAAUAGCUGCACUCUGGAAAAGUUACAUGUAAAUAGAACUUUGUAAAUUGUUUUUCCAUUGACAGUAUCUGAUGUAUUUUCAUUUUUAAAAAGGGAUUCCAUGGUAUAAAAAAGAAAAAUUAGAAAAAAUGUUUUGAUAAAAUGUUAGUCAUUUUCUAUUGUACAUUAUUUUUAACCCUUACAGCCAUUAAAGUAAGAUGAAAAGAUUCAUGGGAUUUCAUAAAAUCUUAUAAUUUUGGCUCUGUGUUCCCAGGGCUGCCUCACUUUCCCUUAUAAAAUCAGGAACCACCGUUACCUCCGAGCAGAUCUAAGGAGCAUGCUUUUUCUGGAGUCCAUAGCACCUUCCAUUCUCUGCAAGUUCAGUACUGUCCAACUUUGCUCCUUCUUACAAAGCCACUUUAUUUAAAAAACCUUUUAUAGUUUUAUUGAGUUAUAAUUGACAUAUAACAUUGUGUUAGUUUAAAGUAUACAACAUAAUGAUUUAGUAUAGGAAUAUAUUACAAAAUGAUCACACAGUAAGU